AUGGACUCGGAAAUCCCGACUCCAAAGAUGUCUUUUCAAUCGGGUGUCGGCGGAUAUUAUGGGAAUAUGUCAAGAUUACAAUUGGGGACGAGUAUGGGAGAGAACGGUAACACUUCUCUCCUUCACAUCGGUGACAUCAUCUCUCUUUAUACUGAAGACACGCAUGGAAGUCGAGGAUUUCUCUCAACGCUUGGUCUUGUCGACGAUCGUUGCAUUGUUGAAAUCAACGAGGGAAGACCGGAAAGUCCGCCGAAAAAAUUUCGGGAUUGUCUUUUUAAAGUUUGCCCGGUGAAUCGAUAUGCGGCACAGAAACAAUGUUGGACAGAACAGAAGAGAUUUCAGGCUGGCGAGAGCGCUUUCGACGAGGAGAUGAUGAACAAAUUGAGGGUGGCCGCUGAAAAAGAAAAAGAGCAAAACGAAUUGGAGUUCCGGAAAACGUUAGGCAACGUGAUUCAGUACGGGAUUUCGGUUCAACUCCUUCAUGUGAAAUCGGACAAAUAUUUGACAGUACAGAAGAAUUCACCCGCAAGACUUGAAAGAAAUGCUAUGAAGGUUUACCUCGAUAAAGCCGGCAAUGAAGGCUCGUGGUUUGUCGUCGAGCCAGCCUACAAGCAUUACACGAUUGGCGAUAAUGUAGCUGCGGGCAACAAAAUCUCGCUGAUCCCCUACUCGGCUGUGAGUCAAACGCCCGCCGCCGGUCAUGUGAAGCCGCAACUCCACCUCUCCCAACAGCGCCUGCCCGAUCACGAAACGGCAGCCGAGGUGAAUUGCCUGAAUGAAGUGACUGAAUGGCAAUUGUUUAUGUUUUUGCUUUACAAUGAGAAUCAACAUGAUGUCGUGAAAUCGGGCGAUGUCGUCCGUUUAUUCCACGCCGAUCAGCAAACAUUUCUCACGUUGGAUACGGUGGAAGAAAAGGGGGUGGCUAUGGAUGAUGUAGUCUUUUUGCGAAUGACGAAUCGACCUUCAGCUGCAGACGCGACAUCGAGUCGGGCUUUAUGGGAGAUACAAGUUCAACAAAAGGAUGCGUUUCGUGGAGGAUCGGCGAAAUGGAGAGAGCAAUAUCGAUUCAAGCAUUUGGCCACCGAUAUGUACUUGACCGUUAUACCAUUGUCACAUAUGAAAAAAGAGCCGAUGGAUCGGCGGAUGAGCUUAGCGAAAACCAAAACAAAAGAGCUUCUCGUUCCACCAUCAAACAUUUUGGAUGAGCCGAAUCCAACGAAUCAAUUCGUUUUGGCGCCGAUUUCCUCGGAAUUCCCUGAAGCUGAUCCGAAAUUGCUUUUUCGUUUAGAAGCAUCCACAAUCACAAAGAACACCGACGUACCCACGAAAUCCUUUGUCCGUCUCUAUCAUCCAAAAACUUCAACAUACAUUCACUCGACGAAUCCAAAUGAUAAAGCGAAUCUCUAUUUUCAAAGCAAAGUUGAAAAGGGAUGGGUCCGAGUUUUGUGUGAGAAUCACCGAAUUGACAAAGAGACUUUUGCUCUUUUGCCCGUUUCACCCACCGAGGUCCGAGAUCUCGAUUUCGCUAAUGAUGCCUGUCGAGCUUUGAGAAAUUUCGUUGAACAUAUUAAAGCAGGAAAAGGAGGAAAAGAGCCAUUGAUUGUAACAAUCCAAUUGUUGACUGAAUGCAUUUUUUUCGUGACGAACAUUCAAAAUCAUAUGAUCGAUCCGUUGAAAAUCAAUGACUUUUCGCCGAAUCGUGAUCGACAGAAAUUGCUGAGAGAACAAGAAGUGCUUGAUCAAGUCUUUAAACUGUUGAAAGCUCCUUUCCUACCGCGUCAAGGACAAACAGAGAUCCCACCACUUCUCAAUUCUCCUCAAGAAUUGAAUGAACCAAGGAAUGAAGUCUGGAAAACGAUGUUCCAAAUGUGUUACAGUCUGCUAAGAUAUUCUCAAGUCGGCUAUCGAAAAAAUCAGGAGUUUCUUGCGGAGAAAUUCGGGCAAAUUCAAGAACAGAUCGGUUUCGAUCUAAUGGCUGAAGACACAAUGACCGCUGUCCUACACAAUAAUCCAAAACUUCUCGAGAAAUACGUGAAAAAAGAUCAUGUUGAAAGAUUUGUGGAGUUGGUCAGAAACAAUCGACAGGGAAAAUUCCUUGACUAUCUCGCGGAUUUGUGCGUUUGUCGGGGAGAAGCGAACAAGAAAAUCCAGGAAUUGAUCUGUAACUCUGUGCUUUCCGAGACAAAUCGAAACAUUUUUAUGGACACGAUUUUGGAUGAAGACGAGGUAUUCAUCGCGUGGCAAGGAGAAAGAAAGAGACUUGUCGAAAUCGCUGAAGAUUCUCUGAGUAGUGAAGAAGAUGCGGAAAUACUUGAUUAUUAUCGACAUCAACUUGAUUUAUUAGCCCAAAUGUGUCAAGAGCAACAAUAUUUGGCGAUCGAUCCACCGCCAGAUAAAAGGCUUAUGAAUAUAUCGCAUGAAUUACCGGCAAGACUUGUGCUAAAAUGUAUGUCGGAUGGUCGUCUCCCGGCUGAUCUUCGUGCUUCUUUUGCUCGUCUUCUUCUUCAUCUCCAUGUUGUUAAGGGAAGUCCACAUUCAGCUGUCCGACACGCGAGAUUAUGGAGAGAUAUCCCUGAACAAGUCACCGUUUCCACCUACGAUACAAAUGGGACAAAAGGUUAUGUGGAUGGGGGAAGAGCGAGAUUGGAUGAGAGGAUUGCGAGAGAGAUCCUUUCCACUGUCGACAACUAUUUGGCGGGUUUACGAUCGAGUAGCGCUGACGGCGCUGUGCUGAAAGCAUCGGGCCCAAGUGUUCAUAUGAAUAAGCUCACUUUUGAGAUGGUCACUCUUGCUCGUUCUCUAGCUCAAUUCGGCUUUUACACUUUUGCUCAUUUACUCCAAUUAGCGAAAAAUUUGCUCGCCAUCGUUGACUCGAGUCCGCCGAAUAAACAAAAUACCGCGCACAAUGUACAAGAAGGGAUGAAUAUGAUAACGAGAGUGACGAGGGGAAUGUUGGCGUCGAAGACUGAUCACACAGUGCAUCGACCAACAUCAAUUGAAACAAAGAAAACCCUCGAGCAAUCAGCGCACGCAAAAGAAAGUCAACAACUCAUUCUGAAGACAAAGCUAAUCGUUGCUGAGAUUUUACAGUUUAUUAUGGAUGUACGAAGGGAUUAUCGUAUCACUGUUGUUCUCUCGUGGUUCAAGAAACGUUUCCCAUGUGAUGAAGAUGGAAAUCUACACGAUAAUGCUAAUAUCAACGAGAAUGUGGCAAAAGAGUUAUGCGAGGAAAUCUUUAGCACAACGGAAAGUGAAUUGAAUUUGGAUGGAGGAGAGGGAAGAUUGCUUUUGGCUAUACUCUUGCAAAUGACAAUGAGUGACUAUUCUCCAUUGACGAGUAUCGCGUUGAAAGUUCUCUUUCGUCAUUUCACGCAAUAUCAAGAGUUGUUGGAUGAUUUGAAACAAGUACAGUUGCUUGUGUCAAAUGACGAUGUACAGAAUUAUAAACAAGUCGAUCGUGAUCUGUUCAUUCUAAAGAAUUUAACGGAGAAAUCAGAGUUAUGGGUGCACGGAGAUCGAAAUCAUUCAUUAACGAAUUCGGAUCCAGGAGAAGAGAAGAGCACAAAAACAACUCUUGAAGGAGUGAAUCUUCAUCACUCAAAAGGAUUCAACAACGAUGAUUGUAUGAAAAGUUUAUGUCAAAUUAUUGAUCAACAUUACCCCGGGAUUGCGGCUGAUUGUGCACAUUUAUUAAAUAAGUUACUUCUUGGUGAAGAUCGAGAUGAUUCAGCGUUGGCUUUGCAAGAGUUGAGCGAUCGAGCUCCGUUGAUCGCUUAUCCACUUAUUAGACAGAUUCUCGUUCGCAUCAAACAACUUUGUUAUAAAGAAUGCAAACCGGAUGUGAUGAAUCAACAACUUUUGCGCAAUAUGAGAGUCUAUGAAGUGGUCCUACAAUUCCUCAGUGUCCCUUAUGAUAAGAAAAACGAUACAGAAAUGCCGAAAUUGAUCACGCUUUCUCACGAAUUUUUGCGAUCAUUUUGCAAAAAUAAUAAGGAGAAUCAAAGCCGAUUGCAGAAAUUUGUCUCUAUCGAGAAAGACGCGAAAGAAGGGUAUUUGAGAGUGGAAACGGUGGAAGAAGUGGCCACUGUGGUGUCAAUCUAUCGAAAUAAUCGCGAAUUGAGUCAAAAUGUUUCUGAGGGUUUAAUCGCUCAUGUUGUGAAUCUCAUCGAGAAUAAGCAACGAAACGCCAUCUAUCUCGAGCUUCUCCAAUCGCUCGUUUGCGUAGCGGAUAAAGAAAUCGAAACGAGUCAGGAUAAAGUGGCCACUGAGAUUUGUUCAGCUUCUGAUGAAGUUCGCCAAUUCUACACUGACUCUUCAUCAUAUGAAGAGUUGAUGGAAAUGAUGCGAGCCGCUCCACCGUAUCUUGACAAUACGCACAAAUUAAAAUAUCACAUCGAAUUGGUCAAAUUGCUCGCUUUGUGCACUCGUGGGAAAAAUGGAGCCACUGAGUUGAAAUGCGCUAGUGAAAUCCCGAUGGAUCACAUUGUUCGAGUCGUCACUUCGCCUGAUUGCUUGAUUGAGGUGAAAACAGCGUACCUUCAAUUCCUCCUCCAUUGCUACAUCGACACAGACGCUGAAAUGAAAGAUGCGUAUCGACCGGAAUAUGUCAAUGAUCUCUUGUCGAAUAUGCAUGCCGAUAUCAAUAAGCUUCGUGUCGAAACCCAGAAAAUUGGUGGUGCAUCAACGGCAGCUUUAGAGACAUAUAUUUGUGUGACAGUGACCGAAGUACUCAUCAAAUUCUUUGAGAAACCGUAUUCUGAUCAAGCGAAAGUUGAUAUUAUGCAAUUUCAAAAACUCUUCACGGCAAUUCUUCAAAAUUUGAGCAGUCUGCAGAAUGGAUGGCUGAGAAAAAACCCAAAAUCGACCAAAUACUGGUAUCGAGUGGCGGAAUGUGUGAAAAGGUUGACGAAAUGCGCCGAAGAUCACAACUUGACCUUGCCGGCGAAUAUAUCUAUGCCACAGGUCACCGCUGGCGCAACAGCUAAACAACGAUGGCAAAAUGCGGCCAAUUCAACUCGUUUCAUUCGCAUGAAUCAGAAAAUCCUUCAGCAACGCCUAGCGCGGCAAUCAUUAACGGCUGUUCGUCGAAAGAAUUCUUUUCUCUCAACUGGCGGAUCGAUGAUUCCACCGAUUUUAGUGUCUGAAAGAAAUGCAAAUGUUGUCAAUUGUUAUCAAAUGAUGGUUGGAGAAUUCAAAUUCUAUUUGUUACCCCUACAUGCAGCUGAGGGUUCUGUUUUGGUCGAUGUUCUUCAUAUGCCACAAUUACUUUUCCCAAUUGGAUCAACGUUGAGAGAACAAUGUGCAAAGGGACGAGUUGUUAACAAAUUGAUUCUCCAUUGCAAGAAGUUGAUGCAAAGUAAACAGGACAAUUUGUGUACCCGAGUCCUCCAAACGCUUUGCCGAAUGGCGACCGCUCAGCGAAAGGAUUUCAACGAUCAAGGUGAACGUCUUCGCUCAAAACUAUUGCUGAGAUAUUUCGGAGAACACGGUCAAUUGAAGAGAUCCAAUGGGAAAAAUAGUGAUAAAGAUGAGGAAAUGCUAUCUCUGGCGGAAGUCGCGCCAAUCGACUCAGUACCCGUUUAUGAGAUUCAGUGCAAAUUGAAUGACGCUGGGGCAUCAGAGCUUGUAAUCGACAUCAUCACCAGCGAUCCCUCGUACGAGAUUUUCCUUAAAGCCGUCCAAUUGGCGCGCUCGCUAUUGCACAAUGGAAACGACAAAGUGCAGCACUCAUUCUACAUGAUGCUUAAGAAGAAAGAUGUGCAUGAGCCAUUUUUCAAGGCGAUUUCAAUGCGGCUUCAAGCAGCUCAAAAUCGGCUUAAAAGUGAUAUGAUGAGCUGUUCGGAGACGAAACCAAAAACAACUAGCUCGACACAAGUCAGUCGACGGUCAUCAGCCGUUUUGACGCCAUCCGUCGAUGCGAACAACGCUGAUCACCCGUUUGCCUCGUUUUCGGAGGGAACGACGAGUGGAAGACUAAACGUGCCACUUACCGUACCCGGAUUUUCGCGUGGCUCAUCGAUAAAUGGUGGAAUGGAGUUGGAAAUGGGCAGUAUGCCUGAUAUAAAUCCCUAUCAAGAUGAGGAAAGACCAAAAGACGAUCUUCCAAAAGAAGUGGCUGUUGUUGAGCCGAUCCUUCGAGUCCUACAGUUGUUAUGUGAGAAUCACAACAGUUUACUACAGAAUUUCAUUCGUAAACAAUCGGAUCGUGCAAAUCACAAUCUCGUCGCUGACACUUUGAUGUUCUUGGAUACGGUUUGUGGCUCAACAAAGGGCUCACUGGGAGUUUUUGGGGAAAUUGGUGUUCACAACUUUUCUUUAAUCACUCAAACGCUGAACACAUUGACUGAGUUUUGUCAAGGACCUUGCCACGAAAAUCAGAACACGAUGGCAAUGCAAGAGAAUGGAUUAAACAUCAUCAUUUCCCUUGUCCUUAACGAUAUCAAACCGCUGGCUGAUGAGAGAAUGGAUUUAGCGCUAGAAAUAAAGAGUAAUGCCUCGAAGUUACUAUUGGCGAUCAUGGAAUCGAGACAUGAUUCCGAGAAUUCGGAAAGAGUCCUCCAUAAUAUGACGAAUAUGGCUGGAGGACCGAAACAAUUGGUCCACGCAAUCACCCAAGCCUACAAAAUGUCGAAUUCGAAUGAUCUAAAGAUCGCGCAAGUUCGACGCGACAUCCUCAAUCAUACGCCUCACAUGAACGGCCCUCGCUCAAUGGACGGUCCAACCGUGAAAAUGGAUCAAGUAACUCUACCCGGGAUUUCUGUGGAAGGAAGUUUGACGAUAAUUGAAGAAGAAAAGAUUAAAGAAGAGGAUUAUGAUAGGAAAUGUUCCGAAUCGACGAUCGUCAAUCCGAAAGAAGUCGGUCACAAUAUUUACAUUCUGGCGCAUCAGUUGGCAAGACAUUCAGAUGAAUUGGAACACUGGUUAGAUCCAGAGGAUGAGCAUAAAAGUGACGAAAAUCGAGAAGCUCUUCGCUUCUACAAGGAUCACACGGCACAGAUUGAGAUUGUUCGCCGUGAUCGAACACUUGAACGAGUCGUUUUCCCAAUUCAUCCAACAUGCUCUUUUCUCACGAAAGAAACGAAACAAUUCGUUUAUGAAAAUACGGAAAGAGAUGCACAGGGCUCAAAAGUAACCGAAUUCUUCGAGCAAUGGGAAGAAUUGUAUGAGGAAAUGAGAUGGCAAGAGAAGCUACAAAAUCGUCGAAUUCUCUCUUGGUGCACUCAACGUCUCCGUUUAUGGGGUCGUCUGUGUCUUUUCUUUGCAAUUCUCGUCAAUAUCAUUGUUGCUCUUCAUUUCCCGUUUGAGAGAGAUGACGUGCCUUACACUCAUCCUGAUACCUCUGUGUUGGCGGGAGCUUUCGGCUCGCUUGCUUUUCUUUAUUUUCGAUGGGAUGACACCUCAGCUGUCGGGACUUCUUGGGGUUUCAUGUGGUGUAUCGCUUUCUUUAUGUUUUCUUUUUCGACUCUUCUGAUGAAUGUGAUCGGAUUGGUGCCUGCUCUAUGGAUUAUUGGAAUAUUUCAGAUCAUCAACAAGAUCAUUCACAUCACAGCUUUCGUCUCGAAUCGAGGAUUGGUGGAUAAAAAUUGGAAAGAACGACUAACGGAUCGUGAUCUCUACUACCAUUUGGUGUAUCUCUUUUUGUGCAUCGCCGGUCUCUUCAUUCAUCCGUUUUUCUAUGCUUUCCUACUAUUUGACAUUGUCGCCUCCGAAGACACUCUCCAAAAUGUGAUCAAAUCGGUGACGAAAAAUUGGAAAUCAAUCAUUUUGACGGGAAUGCUGGCCUUGAUCCUCGUCUAUCUCUUCGCUAUUUUUGGAUUUCUAUUCUUUCAAAACGAUUUCCGUCUCGAAGUGGAACAAGCGCCUCCUUUGCCGACCUCGAUCCCUCCACCACCGCCAUUUCCUCUGAAAAAUGAGGAAACAUGUUCAAAAGAUCAAUGUUCCGAAAAGAUUAAAGAAAAUAAAGACGAUGAUGAUCCUGAAGAAGAACGAAUUUACACGUGCAACUCGUUGAAAAUGUGCAUUAUCACUACGCUCAAUUGGGGAUUGAGGAAUGGAGGAGGGAUUGGCGAUGUGCUCAGGAAUAUACAUCCCGAGGAACCUACUUUCUAUUGGCGGAUUUUCUACGAUAUGUCCUUCUUUGUCGUCUGCAUUGUCAUUGUUCUUAACUUGAUUUUUGGUGUGAUCAUUGACACUUUCGGCGAUUUGCGUACGGAGAAAAACGAGAAAGAAGAUGUGCUAAAGAACACUUGCUUCAUUUGUGCCCUAGAAAGAGGGAAAUUCGACAAUCGAUCCGUUUCUUUUGAGGAUCACAGGGAAAAGGAACACAAUCUUUGGCAUUAUUUGUAUUUUAUUGUCUGGCUUGAAAUCAAAGAUGGAACCGAGUUCACUGGUCCAGAAUCGUAUGUGCAUGAAUGUAUCACAGGAAGAAAUCUUGAUUGGUUCCCGAGAAUGCAAGCGAUUUCAUUAAAAGAAGAAGAUCAUGAAGCCGAACAACCCGAGAUGACAGCAGUGAGGGAACAGAUGAGAGCGAUGAAUCAAAUGAUGAGAGAAAUGGCCACACAAAUGGAUGAAUUGAGACAAGCUUUUGAUAUCAUGGCUACGGCUCGCGUUCAGCCGUCUGUC